UUCGACUCACACCUAAGGGGGCCUUCAUUCGUGAUGGAACCUCCUCCGCGGCUUGAAUUUUCCAACUCGUCCGGCGGUUGGCUGGACUGUUCCGCCUCAGGGAGCCCACAGCCCACUAUCGACUGGCUGUCGGUGGACGGUACGUCCGUCGGCGAUGUGGGCGGUGUCCGGCGGGUGCUACGAAAUGGAACGCUAGUCCUGUUGCCCUUUCCUGCCGCGGCCUACCGACAGGACAUUCACAGUACAAUCUAUCGGUGCGUAGCAUCGAACACCGUUGGGCGGGUUAUUUCCCGGGACGUGCAAGUGCGAGCAGUCGUUGCUCAAGCGUACAAAGUCGACGUGGAAGUCCUGGCAGCAUCCCGAGGCUGUACCGCGAUUCUGCGUUGUGUAGUGCCUAAUUUUGUUAAGGAGCUAGUACGGGUGGUCUCCUGGGUGCAAGAACCUGCCUUCUAUAUUUAUCCCUCGCUGCAGGGCGAUGGAAAAUAUCACCUUCUUCCGACUGGCGAGCUUCUAAUCCACAAUCUAGAGUAUAACGAUCGGUACCCCUCUUACCGAUGUCGAACGAUGCACAAACUGACCCGACAGGUCGUCACGAGUAGUUCCGCGAAAAUUCGGAUGAGUGAACAACGGGGCAUCGUUUCUCCAAGCGUAGUGGAGCACACGUCUCACGUAUCUGUUUCACAGGACGAAGGUGCUGUCCUCCUUUGUGUUGCGCAAGGCUGUCCAUCGCCUGAAUAUCGAUGGUACACCCACAAUGGACCGGAACCGAUUCCCGUUUCAUCCGGGCCGCGGAUACGACUGCUGGGUCCGGUCCUUGCUAUCGAGGCGGUAACUAGUGAGGACGGUGGUGUGUACAAAUGUUCCGCUUCAAAUGCCGGCGGGGAAGCAAGCGCCGAUCUACGGUUAACUGUUUCCACGCCUAUUCAUGUUGAGAUAUCUCCAAACGUACUAAGUGUUCACAUGGGAGGAACAGCUGAGUUCCGAUGCCUGGUUACGACUAACGGUAUGAAUGCAGGGCCGCAACACAUCACCUGGUUCAAAGAUGGCCGCCAAUUACCCAGUUCCGGUCGUGUCGGUGACACGCUCCAGGUAACCGGUGUAACCCGGGAGGACAAGGGCAUGUACCAGUGUGUGGUGCGACGUCAAGAAGGAGAUUCCUUUCAGGCGUCUGCCGAAUUGCAGUUGGGAGACGCGCCCCCAUCAUUGGUGUACAGCUUCAUCGAACAAACACUGCAGCCUGGACCAGCCGUGUCACUGAAAUGUUCCGCCCAAGGUAAUCCGACGCCACAAAUCUCCUGGACUCUGGAUGGAUUUCCGCUGCCUACCAACGGAAGAUUUAUGAUCGGUCAAUAUGUGACUGUCCACGGGGACGUGAUAUCCCACGUCAACAUAAGCCACGUUAUGGUCGAAGAUGGCGGAGAAUAUUCGUGUAUUGCAGAAAACCGAGCCGGCAAAACGUCGCAUUCUGCACGCUUGAAUAUCUACGGUCUUCCUUACAUCCGGUUGAUUCCCAAAGUGACUGCGGUGGCCGGACAAACGCUGUAUCUGAAGUGUCCGGUUGCUGGUUACCCUAUCGAAGAAAUUCACUGGGAACGUGGCGGUCGCGAGCUGCCGGAGGACAUGCGGCAAAAGGUACAAUCCGAUGGAACGUUGGAAAUCAAAGAAGUGCAGAAAUCACUGGAUUCUGGAGUAUACACCUGUUGGGCAAGAAACAAGCAGGGACAUAGCGCCCGUCGGAGUGGCGAAGUCACAGUGAUAGUUCCUCCCAAUAUCGAGCCAUUCUCCUUCCAAGACGGCCUGGCCGAGGGUAUGCGAACCCGUACGGUGUGCGGCGUAUCCAAGGGCGACGCACCAUUAUCUCUCAAAUGGCUCAAAGAUGGUGAACCGCUAUCCUCACUGCUCGGGGCCAAUAUUUCCACUCUUGAUCAGUAUUCGUCCCUCCUGAAUAUUCCUUCCCUCUCAGCGGCACACUCCGGCGAUUACACGUGCGUUGCCAGCAAUCCAGCAGCCGAGGUGAAGUUCACUGCGUCGUUACAGGUAAAAGUUCCACCUCGUUGGAUUGUUGAACCGACCGACGUGAGUGUGGAAAGAAACCGCCACAUUACGUUACACUGCCAGGCCCAGGGAGUUCCUAUACCUACGAUUCAGUGGAAGAAAGCAACAGGAAGUAAAUCGGGAGACUAUGAAGAGGUUCGGGAGAGACCAUACACGAAAUUACUGACAAACGGAUCGCUACUGCUGCAGCAUGUGAAAGAAGAUCGGGAAGGGUUUUAUCUCUGUCAGGCUCACAACGGAAUUGGAACUGGAAUAGGGAAGGUUAUUCAAUUGAAAGUCAACUCUUCUCCUUACUUCUCCGGUCAAUCGAAAAUGGUGACGGUAAAGAAAGGUGACACUGCAAUAAUGCAGUGUGAGGUUAAGGGUGACAAACCUAUUAAUGUGGUUUGGUUACGUAACGGUAAGCAUGAACUAAACCCUUCAACCAACUACCGAGUGUCAAUCAAACAGGAUGCUACACCUGAAGGAAUCCAUGCUGAGGUUCAAAUUUCGAGCGUAGAGAGUAGUGACAGUGGGGCCUACUUCUGCCAGGCUAGUAACUUAUACGGUCGAGAUCAACAACUAGUGCAACUACAAGUUCAGGAACCUCCACAGCCUCCCUCAUCCCUGGAAGCCUCUAUGAUUGCAAGCCGGGCAGUUAACCUGAAAUGGCAACCACGAGGCGGUGAUGCAGCCGAAGUGUCGAAGUACAUCGUAGAAUACAGGGAAAUCGAUCGACAAUGGAUGUAUAUGGAAAUAUCUGACCCACCGCAAUACUCAGCGAUGAUCGAGAAUCUAAAACCAGCCACAAACUAUAUGUUCAGAGUAAUUGCCGAGGGACCCGCAGGGCGAAGCUCACCGAGCCAGGAAUUAUUUAUCAAAACAGAACCCCAGCGGCCAGCUGGAGCUCCACUGAACCUAUCUGCCCGGCCGGUCUCAUCGACGGAAAUACUCAUCAAUUGGAUGCCUCCAACUUACGAGCUUAGACAUGGUGAAAUACAAGGCUAUAACAUUGGCUAUCGUUCGAUGCAUACUAACUCGAACAGUUACAACUUCACCUCCGUAUCAGGAGAUGGCGAAGACGGUACCGGUGAACUCUUGCUUGGAAACCUCGCAAAAUAUACCCGAUAUACCAUAGUUGCUCAAGCAUUUAAUCAGGUAGGACCUGGUCCUCUGUCGGAACCAGUUACAGCUCAAACCAUGGAAGACGUACCGAGCAAGCCCCCGGAGGAUAUCCGCUGUGCAGCGUUAACUUCGACGUCGAUUCAGGUAUCCUGGCAACCACCUCAAGCCCACCACACCAAUGGACUACUGCAGGGCUACAAGGUAUUCUAUGAGUCCGCUUCGGAAGAUUCCAUCAGCAACGGCGAUAUGGAAACAAGAAAAACCACUGCACUAACAAUCAUACUAACGAGUCUGAGAAAAUUCUCCAACUAUAGCGUUCAGGUUCUAGCAUACACCCGCAUGGGUGACGGAGUCAUUUCACCUCCAGCAUUUUGCCACACUGAAGAGGAUGCCCCAGAAGCCCCAUCCGACAUCAAGAUAGCCAUCAGUUCACCGUCCUCUCUAUACGUGUCGUGGCUAGCUCCAAGUGAACCGAACGGAAUCAUUACAAAGUAUAAUUUGUAUAUGAGAGCAGUAAACGGGCGCGAAGAGCUCAGCAACGACAAGCGCAAUCUACUGCCCCACCAACAUUAUUUCGAAGCAAAACAGCUGCAAAGUCACACCGAGUAUCAGUUCUGGGUGUCAGCAUCAACGCGCGUUGGUGAGGGUAAGAGUACUAGAGUCGUGUCUCAGAUGACAUCAAAUCGAGUUCCGGCAAAGAUAGUCUCGUUCGGAGGCUUGACAAUCCGUCCAUGGAAAACAUCGGCGUCACUUAACUGCAUGGCCGUUGGACAACCUCGUCGCGAGUGGUUUAAGGGAGACAUUCUCUUACGCUCCGGAUCACAUCACAACGUUCAAAUACUGGACUCCGGUGAGAUAAUCAUAACCAUGCUACAAACCACGGACACCGGAAACUAUACCUGCCAGGUCGACAACGGUAUCGGAACUGAUCGAUUAACGCACAAUCUAUUAGUUCAAGUUCCUCCAGGACCACCGGUCCUGUACGUAACCAGUGCUACCUCCAGCAGCAUACUGCUUCACUGGAAAAUUGGUUCUACGGGAAACGCACCGAUCACUGCAUUCUCACUGCACUAUCGACGCGUUCACGGAAAUUUGGAAGAAAUGCAACUCUCUCGGCAUGCAUCCAGCCACGAACUAAAAGGAUUGUUCUGCGGUAGUACCUACCAGGUGUAUCUGGUUGCGCACAACAAAAUAGGUUCUUCGCCGGCCAGCACUACGCUCAAUGUCAAGACUCAGGGACAACCACCCGGGAUUCCGCCACCAUCGGUACUGAUAGCUCCGAACUCUACCUCCGUAGUUCUGCGGUUAAACGGAUGGCCUGACAAUGGCUGUCCAAUCCUGUACUUCGUUCUACAAUAUCGCUCAAUUUCGAACAAUCUGGACGAUGAAUGGCACUUAGUUUCUAACGCUCUAAAACCACAACGUCGUUUUACCCUAUCGGGACUGCUUCCGACCACGCUGUACCAGUUAAAGAUGGAAGCUCACAAUGUGGCUGGAUCCACGAAUGCCGAGUACACGUUCGUGACGUUAACGAAAGAUGGAGACCCACCACCGCCAGAUUUAGUACAAAGAGGACAUCGUUCUCAAGUUUUCUACAACAACAUUCAACUGCUAAUACCGAUAAUCAUUACCAUCACUGCAACCAUCAUCUGCAUUGCGUUCACGGUAGUUUGUUACAAAUAUCGUGAGUAUAUUGUACUGUUCUGUUUUGGUAUCGGCUCUGAGCCGCCUCGUUACUUCCCAGGCCAACGUGGUCGUGAACGGAAGGAUACGAUGGACGGCAACCAGCAGAGCGCGGAUGCCCAACGAGACAGGUAUUAUGCCACCAUCCAUAAGGUGGCACUGCAAGCGGGUGACAAGAUUCCAGAAACCUCCGAAGAUAUUUCACCGUACGCAACGUUCCAACUGUCGGAGGCCAGUACAUUGGCACAACCACAUCACAGCGGACCAACCAACACCCUGCUGCACUCUUUCAUGUACCAUGAACGAGCCAUGACCGAGGGAUGUGCAUCGCCACCCCCUGCAGCGGUAUUGAGACAACUUCAUAAUCAGUCGCCUUACUAUAAUAUCAACUCAUCGAAAGGUCGGCGAAGACAUUCGCGUAAAACCGAACCGGAGAGUGAAGAGUCGGAUUCUGACCAAGAUCAGUUAACCUCCAGCAGAACCGAAUCGUCGAACCAACUCGAUGCCAAGAUCAAGCAUAGUAAGGAUGACCUGCUACAGCCAACAGCUUGUGAGGAUGACGACCUCGCCUAUAACCAGCAUUUCAUGCGUUCCAUUCCAGGUCUCAUCUAUCACGGUACGCAGUCGAGCACUUCGUCCGACCUAUCACCGAUGUCUGAACAAAAAUCACUACCUCGUCGUGGCAGAUCAAGGGGAACAAUGAGAUCCUUACUUACACCACUACAUUUACCCGACAAUACACCGGGAGGAGGUGGCGGUCCGCUGUUCCACCAGGUACCGAUCGAGAGCGGCACGCCGGACCGGCUGGAGCUGUCGGAGGCCGAAUGCGACAUCGACACGAUCAAGAAACUGAAGCUGGGUAUGCGUUCGUCGCUGUGGUCGCGCCCGCAGCAGAGCAAUAGUGCGGCCAACGCCGGCAGCGGCGUCCCAGGGGGAGUGCCCGGUGGUGGCAACGGAACCGGAGCUAUCCCUGGUGGCGGGGGUAACGUUGGUCCCGGUCAAGUACCAGGUGGAAAUCCGUCGGACUACUCGAUUGCGGUAUAA